ACGACUUAUUUGCGAUCAAGAUGCAGUUGAUGGUUGUUGCUCUCCAUUUCUAGUUCUUUGUUGCAAGAGGAUUCGAAUUCGAAAUCUGAAAACAUCGGCCUAGUUUUGAGAGCGUUUCGUUCAACCGUUACAGAUUCGGAUUGCUCGUUAGUUUGGCUUCAAAUUGCAGGCAUUCGUUUAGCGGAAUCGCAAUCGCAGUGCUGUCAAUUCCUAGUCGAAUCUGUUAGGAGGAAUGGCUUGCGCGACUUUGAAGCGAUCCCUUGAUUUUGAUCCCGUCCACAACGGAAGACAGACCAAGAGGCGGAGGUGUUCUCCUCUGCAAUGCGUCUCUCCGAAGCCGUCAACCUCGACGGCCGAAGAGCCCGUGAAGACCCCAUCCAUCUUCGAGCAAGGAACCCCCGCCCUAAGGACUGAUCGCAUAGCUGCCGAUCUGAGCAACGAGAUCCGCCGCCUGCAGCGGCUCAACAAGCUGCAACUGGACUCGGGCGAAGAUUCUUCCAAGGACUCGUCUUCCUCUCAGGACAGCGGCCCUGAGUCGCCCGACAGCUCCUCUCGCGUUUCGAGACUCAUCCAGACCCAACCUUGCGACCGCCCCCUGUACACCCUGAAGCAGGUGGAAAUGAUCUGUGAGCGCAUCCUGAGAGAGCGUGAAGUUGAACUGCGAGAGGAGUACGAGCGCAUCCUGCACGCCAAACUGGCCGAUCAGUACGAGCAGUUUGUCAAAUUCACCUAUGACCAGUUGCACCGCUCGAGGCCCACUGCCGAACCUCCCAGUUAUCUUUCGUAAUUAUCGGAGGAGACGCAGAACUACACUUUUUGAGUGCAUUUUUGUAUAUUAGAAAGCUGCUUUGGGCAGUCGAGAAACAAGCCUUAGAAAAAAAAACACACAUAAUGACAUGGACAUGGAAAAAAGUCUGUAUACACAGGAAGGAUUUUGUUUGUGCUUCAAAGUCUGAGAUUUACAUUCUUGUAUUUAUUCUCCCCGGUUGAUUGGAAAAUUUUGGUGAUCCUUGUUUAUUUCGUCACCGCAUUCCGACAACAGACGACUUGGUAGAAGAAGAGAGAAAACCAGCUUUGGUUGCAAUACCUGUACAUACAUAAGAAGAUUCUCACGAAUUGUGCCAAGUGAUCAAAUUCUAAAUUAAAUCUAAAGUGUAAAAGUUACAAGUGGUUUAUCAUUGGUUUGUUUCUCUUUGUAUUCUUGCAGAUUCGGCACAAGAAUUUAUUUGACUGCCUUAAUUUCUCACUUCAGAGAUGAUUGCUUCGAAUGAGUGAGUUUGUUCGAACUAGGUUUAAUUUUAGAGCGGGGGAGAUUUGUGAUUUAGUGCCAUCCGUUAUCACAAUAUCGUAAAAUGAUACCGAAAAUUUUCUGCGCUAAGACUUUGAUUUUGCCUUCCUUGUCACUUUGUUGCCCCCCACGAGAGAGAGAGAAAGAAAGAGAUCCCGAGGCCUUUGAAACCUGCCGGGCUAUGAUAACUUUUCAACAAGAUUCCCUGAGUUUGGCACAUUGUAGGUUUAGCUAAAUGUAAGAUGUAACAUGCGAUAACUUUUGUAAUUUUGCUGCUUAAAAAAGAUUUGUAUGGAAAAUGUGUUAUCAUUUGCAAAUAAAUAAUAUGCACUAGCCUUA